AGACAACAAAAAAGAAACUCAAAAAUCCGAGCGCACGAACUUAUUACGGUGCGGUUUCUCUCUCUACGUGCUUUUACUUUCUCUCUCUGCCUCCUUCUCCCUUCUGUCUUCUCUUCGAUCCCGCUGGAUCGAUGAAUGCAGGUGUUUCCAGUUUGUAGCUGUCAAGGUCGCUGACAACCUUUGAAGAGAAAGGGCUACAUAGAUAUGAGAUUUUCACCCUUAUAAUGGAUGGAAACGCGAGGUUUGAGUUGACAUCAGCUAGUCCUGACUCAAAUUUUGCAGGGAACUACCAAAAUGGGCAGAGGGGGUACUCUGCUCAGGCUUUGGGUAGGUCUUCAAGUUUCAGAGAGGUUUCAGAGAGUAGGAAUCUUGCUUCUGCGAAGCUAAAUUCUAGGGGGAGUGCUACCUCAUCUGGAGAUGUUCCCUCAUUAUCUCAAUGCCUGAUGUUGGAGCCAAUUGUUAUGGGUGAUCCAAAAUAUUUACGAUCUGGUGACUUACGGAGGGUUUUGGGUUUUUCUGUUGGUAGCAAUUCUGAAGAAAGAAAUUCACCUCCAGUGGCUGUUGAGGAACUUAAACGAUUGAGAGCCAGUGUCGCGGAUACUUGUGUUAAAGCCAGCGGUAGAGUGAAAAAGUUGGAUGAGCAUUUAAACAAGUUAAACAAGUUUUUUGAGGCCAUGCCUUAUAAGAAGCAGCAGCAGCGGAAUGAGCUGUUGAUGAAUGAGCGAUCUAGUGGUUCAACCUUGAAGAUUGGAUCUCAGAUACAUCGAAACCCUUCCGAAUUAGCAAGUCAGAAAUUUGAAGAUCGGCCUAAGAAUGGUCUGAAUAAGAGGUUGCGUACAUCUGUGGCAGAAACUCGGGCAGAAUGCAGGAAUAAUGGGGUCCUGCGGCAGCCUUUGAUGGCAACAAAAGAAAGAGACAUGCCUAAAGAUAAUAAUGCAGAUUCUGAUAUGGUGGAGGAAAAAAACAGGAGGUUACCUGCUGGUGGAGAAGGCUGGGACAAGAAAAUGAAAAGGAAACGUUCUGUUGGUGCUGUAUUUUCAAGAUCUGUUGACAAUGAUGGGGAAGUGAAACGAACUAUGCAUCAUAAGCUUACUAUUGAAUCUAGCUUGCAAUCGAGUGAUUCCAUCCAUGGUUUCAGAUCAGGAGCUUCUGGUGCCGGGAACAAAUUAGAUCCUAUGCCAUCUCCUGCUGGUUCUACUGCUCGUGUAACCUUCAAAAAUGAACAAGAAAAAUCAAUGCUCUCAAGAGAUCUUUCUGGCGGACCAAUUAAGGAGCGAGCCUUGGGAAAAGUAAAUGUGAAAUUGAACAAUCGUGAAGACAACCAUGCCAUGUGCUCUAGUCCAAUACUGAAAGGGAAGGCCUCAAGGGCACCACGAAGUGGGUCUACAUCUGCAGCUAAUUCAGCUGCUAAUGCUCCUCGUGUGUCUGGAACUUUGGAGAGCUGGGAACAGGCCCAAGGUGUAAACAAAAACUCUUCAGUUGCUGGGUCUAACAAUCGCAAGCGAGCCAUGCCUGCAGGAUCAUCCUCUCCACCAAUAACUCAGUGGGUGGGUCAGAGACCACAGAAGAUCUCUAGAACAAGGAGGACAAAUCUUAUUCCUGUAUCAAACCAUGAUGAAGGACAGACGCCAUCUGAAGGAUACUCUCCUCCAGAUUUUGGUCCUCGGGUAGGCAUUGGUGGGAUGAAUACUUCUCUUCUCUCCAAAAGUGCACCCAAUGGAAACCAAAAUUUUAAAGUAAAGCCUGAAAAUGUUCCAUCCCCUGCGAGAUUGUCUGAAAGUGAAGAAUCUGGUGCGGGUGAUAGUAGAAUAAAUGAUAAAGGCUUGGGCAGUAGAGAUAUAGACAAAAGGACUGCUAAUGCUGGUCAAAGUGCUGGGCCAUCUGCAAUUCCUAUAAAGAAGAAUAAAAUUAUGAUCAAAGAAGAAAUUAGUGAUGGUGUGAGAAGACAAGGACGAACUGGAAGGGUCUCACCAUUUUCUAGGACUAGCAUUUCACCGACAAGAGAAAAAUUGGAUAAUGUGGUGCCAACCAAGCCUCUUCGAAAUGCGAGGUCUGGCUCUGACAAGAGUGGAAGCAAGUCUGGCCGCCCUCUGAAGAAGCUAUCAGAUCGCAAAGGCUUUUCUCGUCUUGGCCACAUGGCAAAUGGGGGUUCCCCUGAUUGUAGUGGGGAAUCAGAAGAUGACCGGGAAGAGCUUUUGACAGCGGCUAAUCUUGCGUGUAGUUCUAGCAUUGAUGCAUGUUCGAGCACAUUCUGGAAGACAAUUGAGGCCUUAUUUGCUUCUGUUGGGGCAGAUGACAAAUCAUACUUAUCACAACAGCUGAAAUUGGCUGAAGAAUCGUGUGCCAGUUUGUUCAAGAACUGUAGCAAUGGCAAUUCUAUUCAAGCGAAAUUGGAUAACUAUUGCCAUGAAGAAAUGACAGCAUCUGACUCCUUUUCUUGCCGAAGAAAUAGAUUCAUGAAAAAUGAAAAUGAAUUGAAGUCUUCUUCUGAUAAAGUGGAGUUUGUUGAACAAAUGCACAAUUCUUCUCUAUAUGGAUGCUCUGAUACAGAGAAAGGAUUCAACAUAGUUACACCACUUUAUCAAAGGGUACUAUCGGCUCUCAUUGUGGAAGAUGAAAUUGAAGAAUGUGAAGAAACUGGAUUUGGAGGGCGAAGGAGUUCAGUUAACGACUCAUGCCUCAUUGGUAAUGACAGUAAACCUAUGCACAGGCUAGACUCUUCUGAGCCAGUAUUUGGUGUUCAAACUUGGCAAAAUGGUAAUGCACAUAAAAUUUUUCCUUGUAAUGGGAAUAGAGACAUCCCUAGGAGUCCUAGUGUCCCAGAUGGUAUAUGUAAUGGUGAGCUGAAGCAAAGGGAUGGCGGAUAUGUGCACUCAGAGGUUGAAAUCUUAGUUACACUUUCCAGAUGUGAUUAUGCUCCACAAAGUCUACACGGAAAUAAUGGUGGCAUUCCUAACUUUAAUUUUCAAUAUGAGCAGAUGUGUCUUGAACAAAAACUUGUACUAGAACUACAGAGCAUUGGCCUCUUCUUGGAAGCCGUGCCUGCAUUGGAUGAUAAAGAAGAUGAGGUCAUCAACCAGGAACUUGCUCAGCUAGAGAGGGAACUUCUUGAACAGAUUGUGAAGAAGAAGGCACGCCUGGACAAAGUACACACAGCUAUUCAAGAAGGAAAGGAUAUUGGACGGGACCCUGAGCAGGUUGCAAUGGACAAACUUCUUGAGUUGGCAUACAAGAAACUUUUGGCAACUAGAGGAAGCAUUGCAUCUAAACUUGGGAUUCCUAAGGUGUCGAAACAAGUUGCUUUAGCUUUUGCCAAGAGGACACUUGCAAGGUGCCGUAAAUUUGAAGAUUCAGGAGCAAGUUGUUUUUCCGAGCCUGCAUUCCGGGAGAUUGUUUAUGCGGCACCUCCUCAGUUUGCUGAAAGAGAGCUACUUUCUGGUGUUAACCUGCCAGUUGGUAAUGAUGGGAGUUCUAUAGAUGCUUUAGAGACUUCAAUUCAUCAACCUGAUCAGGCCAUUUCUGAAAAUGGGCCAAUGUCAAAUAGAGGAAAGAAAAAGGAAGUAUUGCUUGAUGAUGUUGUUGGUGGUGCUGUUUUUAGAGCCUCAUUAGGCAUUUUGGGUGGUGCAAAGGGAAAAAGAAGUGAAAGAGAUAGAGAUAGGGAUGCUUCAACUAAAAAUGCUGUUGCCAAGGCUGGACGGUUGUCUAUGGGUGGCUCCAAGGGUGAGCGUAAGACAAAAUCAAAACCAAAACAGAAAACAGCUCAACUUUCUACAUCAGGAAGCGCAUUUGUCAAUAAAUUUACAGAUACAACAAAUUCUUUAUUUCCCUCAGCUAGUGGUUCUGGUGAAUCAGCCAAUAAUAGUGGCAACAGAAAAAAAGAUGUUAGAUUCGUAUCUUCUGGUAAUGCCCCUUCAGUGUCAUCAAAAGAGAUAAAGGAAAGUGUGGACUUCCCUAAUUUGCCUGUUAAUGACAUAGAUGGUAUUGAAGAUCUAGAUUCUGAAAUUGGUGCACCACAGGAUUUCAAUUCUUGGUUCAAUUUUGAAGUGGAGGGGGUGGACCAAGAUACUGCUGGCCUCGACAUACCCAUGGAUGACCUCUCCGAAUUAAAUAUGUUUUGAUCAUGAUACCUUGUUGUACAGCUUGUGAAAAACUUAAUUGGUUAGAGGAUGACGCUUUUUCUGUUUCAUUUUUUUUUUCUAUGGGUUGGGAAUAGCCUGGGUUUCUCCACCUUAUGUCUUGGCCUAAUGGCAGUUGUAAUUAUGCAUUUUUUUCCCUUUUCUUUUACGAUACUGUAGGAAAAUUGUUCAGAAACUCCUUAUAGGUCAUGUAAUUCAGAAAUUUUCCUAGUAAGAAGUAUAAAAAUAUUCAAUGGCA